CGAGCAAGUCAGCCGACUGAGGCAAAAUGCCGCGCGCCGUGGACCCGCUCAUUUCUGCGUGCGAGGACAUUCUCAAGCACCACCGGGUGCCGUCCUUCUACGUCUGCACGGGAAUCCAAGGCAUUUCGCUGCGCCCAGCGGUGCGCGUCCAGGGCCUCAGAGACCUUCUAGCGCUACCGCUCUCACCGUCGCAGCACCUGCAGCUCCGCGCGCGCUACGGCAAGGCCCGCAUCGUGCCAGCCUCCAAGGUCACGAUCGAGAACCAAGACGCUUUUGUGACCGCUCUCGUCGACUCGGUCGUCGGCAAGAUUGAGUCGGUGCUCGGAAUACAAACAACCGACGUCGGUGCCGUCUUGUCGCACCUGUGCAUCGACACAAGUGGGGGGGCCAGCAUGCUCCACGCUUUGCAGGGCUGCGUCAAUAAUGCGUUUGGGACCUUGAUCGUGCUGCUGCCAUCGGGCCACAGCGGCGGUGUCCUUACGUUCCAGCACAAGGACAGGUCGAUGACGUUGCCGGGCAAUGUCGCUGACGUGGCAAAAGGGUUUGAUGGCAUCUUUAUCAACACGAUGAUGACGUCGACGCCGAUCACGUCCGGUCGCCGCCUCGCGCUCGUCUUCCACUUGACGGGCGUCCAUAAGACGCCAACAGGUCCGUCGCGGCUGCCGCUCAACUCGACGGGCCGUGCGGCCGAGCUGAGAACGCUCGCAAACGGACCGCUGCCCGAGUGCCAGCGCAUUGCAUGCGGCAUCGAUUACCUCGAUGAUGCGCUCCGAGAUGCGGACGAGAAAUGCCUGGACGACUACGACUUCCACAAGCCCUACGAACAGUACAGCGAAGAGGAAGACGAACCAUUGUUCCCGCAGCUGUGGUCCAAGCAUGCGCACCUCGCCGACCUUCUUGUGGCCACUGGCUGCUUUGACGUGGCGCUUGUUCGCUCCACCGAGAGCGAAGGCGACGAGAACGAAGUGGAUACAAGCGCAUAUGGGUGGCCACGCCUCUCGUCCGCCUUCCAUCGACUUUUGCGGCGCUGGCUCCACACGGAAAACCAACGCAGCAGCGUCCCGGCGCUCUUGUCGCACCUCGCGGGUCUCCCCAAAGAGGCGCCACGGUGUCUCGAGCAACCGUUCUUUGGCUCGUUUCUCAAGGCGUGUUGGUAUGACGUGCAAUCGCAUUCGCCUUUUGCGGACGGCACGGACGCGCACUGCCUCCUCUUGGACUGGCACUUUGAAACCAUCUCGCCCGACCUCGUGCACUGCGACUGGCUCGGCGAUCGGCUGCCCCUCGCGCUUGUCGCGACGAUCGAUGCCUUUCUGCGCCCGCGCCGAUUUGGCUCCUGCGCAGGUCCGUGCUCGCGCGACGUCGGACUCUGGCGUCUCGACCACGUGCCCAUAGCGCUCAUGACGGCGAUCGAGAGCCAGCCUGGCGUGCCAACCACGCCGUACACGGACGCCAUCGUGCAUGCUUUGGACGCGAUUCCAGUCGCCCAUUGGCCGUGGCGACCGGUUUGCGAGUUUACGUCGGCACAAGGCGCCGCGCUCUUGAGCUGCAUGCACUUGUGCAACCGCGUCGAUCCAGCGCUGCUCGACGUGCUCGUCGCGCUGUGUAGCGAGAACGAGUCCAAGAGCAACAGCUCGGACCAUGCUGUCGUCAAGUUUUUCCAGGCUCAGCCACGGGUUCUGGUCCUCGAUGCAGCGGUCACAAGCCGCUUGGUGGCGUUUCUGCUCACCAAUGCGGCGAUGCUACCGGAACUCGUGAAACGGAGCACGCGCUGGUGGACCCUCGACGCGUACGCGCAGCUCGUGGCCGACGAGAUACUCGCAACGCCAGUCGGUGACUGCGUUUUGGCGCGCGUUCAAGCCUGGGUCGCGACGCUGCCGUCGACGCCCGAGGCGAACCGGCAAGUGGUCUUCGUGGCCCUUGCCAAGCUUUACUCGGAGAAAAGCCUUGCCUGCUGCCGGAGCAUCCUCGGUUGGCUCGCGACGACGUGUCGAGAAGCGUUUCUUCGCAGUGGCACGCUAGAACCCGUUGCGGGGAUCAACGAUUGCGUCCUCGACGACAUCUUCGUCAAUUAUCGCCACUGCGCCGAGUGCAACGCGCUGCAUCGUUUCCUCCUCGACGGCACCAAAGUCCAGCGCCAGAUGCGGCGUCGUGUGUGCCCCCAUGUGCACGCGACGGCGACCGCCCACGACGGCUGGCUGCGCUUGGAGCCGGAGCGGAUUGAUGGGCACUGGGCGACGCGAUUGCGCAAGGUCCAGCAGGCAGGUCGUAUGCCGAUUGCUGACGCCGCACGAGCCAACAAGGACCACGCACACGACACCAAGUGCGUUAGGUUGCUCCAAGCCGUCCUUGCCCACUUGGAAACGACAGUCGCAUAAGGCGGACAUUGUCACAUCCAGGAUCGAC